ACAUGUCAAAAUCCGUGAAUCCCUCCGGUAAUGUAUACGCUGCCAUGUUGAAAUGCACUAAUUAAACUUUGCACGAAAAGUCCUUAUUUUCCCUGAUGUGUGUGAGAUGUGUCGAACCGCAGCCUCCUCCAAAACCACGCUUUAUAAAGGCUCUUUCACGUGAAAACGCAUAAAGACACUAAUCUUAAUAAACCCCCCUCUCUCAAUCCUCACAAGAAUGUCCUAACGAGCCACACUCCCUGCAAACUUCCGUCACGUUUGUGCGCCGCCAAAGUUGCGCGUUUGCGGCGCAGCAAUUUGAAGGCCUGUGUAAAAUGUGUUGAUCUGGAGGUCAGCUGUGAGUUUGAUGAACUUUGACUGAAGCCAGAGACUGAUAAAAGAUCCGUUCACUGGCUGUAUUGACCUCAUUUACUCAGCUGGAGGUUUAUCUGUUGUUGUUGAUGUUGUGAGUGAGGAGACUACAGAGUGGGAACAUGGGAAAUGUGGUUUUUCACCACUUCAAUUCAGAGUUCGGUCAUCCAGUCUCUUCACAACGCUUAUCCCAAAAAUUGAUUCAGUAACACAGACAGACAUCAGUAAUCUUCUUGAACUUCCCUCUAUUCAUCCUUCCAUUAUCUGUGUGUUACUCUUGCAGGAGUGUCAUGAUUGAAUAUUGUGUUAGACAGUGUCUAAUGUAUAGCAUCAUUUAUUCUAUAAUUAUCAUUACUAUAUCCUACUAGUGUUGUGUCGUUUGCGAACGAUUCGUUCAAAAGAACCGAAUCUCUUUCACUCUUUCCUCGACUAGCAUAAUCACAAUCUUAAAAAAAAGGGGGAUAAAGAGGGAACAAUCUCACCCACAAACACACGCACUUCACAACACACAUAAAAACACCCACCCACCCACACUAAAUUAAACACAGUCUUGCAACACUUUCUAUAUGUGUUCCUGCUGUAUUUGUCACUUUGUCUUGUCUCCACUGUCUGUUUGCACUGUGCAUCUGUUGUCAACCACCUGUCAUGAUCUGUCCUGCAUCAUCUAAUAAAAAGAAAAUUGAAUAUCGAUUGAAGGCCCCCACUGAAGCAAAUUUGUAGUAAUUUUUUGUUUUAUAAUGCUGACACACAUAGAUUCCUACGCUUUUAGAAAUGUACUUUUUCUUGACAUGAUAGACCUUCAAAAAUUCAAGGUAUAGUAUUUUUAUUUUCCUCAGUGACUUAGAAGUAAAAUAACAGAACUGUGUCUCUUCUCUUCAACGUUCAGUUUUAGAUGCCUUAGUUACCUCCAUCACAAAGACAACAGCCCUGACUUUGACCUUCUACUUCCCACAUUUCCUGUCUCUCCUCUGAACCAGUCUGAACCACUUUAUCUUGCAGUGCUACAUUGAAAAAAAAAAUGUCUUCACUUGAUGUCUUACGUUUAUUUUUUUAUUCCAACACUUAUUCUAACAGCUGUUGUUAGAUGUAUAUAUAAUUUGCUUUAGCCUGUACCUCAUUAAUUGUUGUGUGUAAGGUAUUAUUUUACUUUAAAGUCAUGUCCAAGUGACAUAUCAACACCCCAUGAUAAUCAAGUAAUGUCUUACAACGGUGGUUGGUUCAUGAAUUAUAUAAACCAAGCUGCAGCACUCUAAAAGCUAAUGUGCUGAUUUUGUGCACAGAUGCGGACCAUUGUUUUUAACUACACUUCUGAAAUAACAAAUCAAAAUGGGACUUAAAAAAAUCACUAAUGGUGUUCAAGUCUAUGUGUUGAAAGGUCAGUGAAAAAAAAAGUGUAAUAGCACCAAAACAUUUUGUUUUCUGUCCCAAACAAAAGCCUCUAAAAAACAAAGAUGACGUAAAAAUGACCUUUAGCACCACAGCUGCCUGAACCUAUUUUGAAUGUUACAUUUGCGCAGCGUCUGUUUACAUCACUAAUCUGUUGACAGAUUAUGACAAACUCAUUAAAUAUUAAGUAAUGUUUCAUCCCGGUGGAUGUGCAAGAGACUUUCCCUCACACUGUCCGCUGAAGGCUUAUGUGCCCUGUUGAGUUACACUUAUUCACUCAUACACCUGUUUAGAAGUGCCGACUCUGUGUAUUUACUUUCUCUCAUUUUAUACUGUUUGCUUUUAUCUUGUAGUUUUAUUAAAUUGUUUUUGUUAAACACAUUAAACUGAAAAAAAAAAAAACUGUUUGAUGACAAAAACUGAUAUCUAACACAUAAACUGACUGUUCAUCUGCUGCUGAAAGUUUCAAUAGGAGGCCUUCAAAGUUGUGUCAGAAGCUACAGUGGGGCUAAAGGGUGAAAAGUAAAGCAGUAAAGUGCCAACUACACAAUGCAAAGAUUCAAUCUAACAAUCUGUUAAUCUACAGCAGCUGAGUGUAGAUUAACAACAUGAAUGUAGUGGAUUCAUAACUUGUAAUCUCUGUAUAGAUGGUUUGUAUUGUAUGCCCCUUCUGGUUUAAAGAACUCCUAACAACUUAAGUCCACUUUGCAACAAUCUACUACCCUCUCUUGGCAGAUCAUUAAAAGGCGAAGGAUCGAACAGCUGUGAGUAAGCACGUGAAGGUACCACAACAGACACAGCAUCUUAUUUUAUACCAUCUUUAUGGAAGUAAAGCCACACUUAAAAUUAAGACCAACCCGUCCUUGCUGGUUUCUUCCACAGUAUUUGCACCCAAGCGGUGAGUGUGCACAUUAAUACAUUAGCUAACAGUUAAUUACACCAUCCUAAUCUGCAGGUUUCACAAUGAAACAAAAGGUUUCAGUGUUGAAUUGCAUGUCUCGACUGACUCAAUUGAUCAGGGGUGAGAUGGAAAGCUGUAACUGGUUGUAUGACGUGAUACGUGACAGCAGACAUAAAAUAAAUGGAAACAAUCAAAGAUAGACGCUAAAAAACAAAGAGUGUUUUUUUAAAGUCAUGUUGUUCAAAUGUAUUUGUAUGAUAAGAUCAAUUUCUAUACUUUUUGCAUCGUGUUUCGUAUUAGCUACAGCUGAAAGGAGGAAGGUUACUUGGCAUUGUCAUCAAAGUACUUCACUAAAAUAUAAACUUUUUUAAAACUUGUACUCUUCAACAUUUUACAGAGUAAUACUGUAUUAUCACUUGACAUUUGAUUUUAGUUUAUUUUCAGGAAAAGAUUUGAAAUACCAAAGUGCAAAAUGUGAAAUAUUGUAUAUGUUGUCAAAGUAUGUAAAAUUUUUUGUUCUUUUCAACAAAGUGAACAAUAGAUUUAUGAAUUACUACCUUAAAACCCCAGAGAAGAGUUUUUUAGUUGUUAUAAAGCAGAUUUAAGUUCACAUUGAUGGCCUGUUAUAACCUGUAAAAGUGGUGACGCUGGUUAUUUCUAUACUGCAGUCAAAUUUUUAAAGCAGAUCAAAUUUUGUAAUCAGAAAAUAGUUUUCAUACAUGUUUAAAGAAGUACCUCACAGGAGCUUUAAUACUCUUGCAAGGAGCUUUUGGUUUGUGUCAGUGUUGGCGCCCCCUGUGGACAAAUUGAUCUUGGCUUAUCUUGUUGAAUUCAUGCUUAAAGUGUGUGUUUUAAGAAAAAAUCUCAUUCUGCUGACUUUUUACAGUCAAAUUUAUCAUAAAUAAUGUUUUUUUUUAUGUGGAAAUUGUAAAAACAGGGCUGUUGAUUCAGCUGCUUGGCUGACACCUACCCCCUCGCACCAGUUUUUGGGCAUUAAAAAUCACCAUGCAGUUAUCGCCAAUCUUGUUGCUGAUGGCUGUAUCAGCUUUCCAUGUCAUAAAAUAAAUUAAUAUGAAUAUCAGUCUAUCCCUAAUCAUGAAAAAAACUCCAGACAGGAGCUUUAAUAAAAAUCUAAACUUCAAUUUAUUAGAGUGUUAUUACUCUUGAUACCUUGUGUAGAUUGUCAUACUAUCACUAAACUUUAAUUGAGACUUUUAGAUAAAAAACAGAAAGAGCACAAAAAACACUUUUUUCAAUGAGAGGUGAUCUUUUUUAUUAUGGUUACUUUUUCAAUUAUUUUAAAUUCCCUUCUCUAGGAAACAAAAAUGUUACCAGGAAAGCAAGGUUAAAUCCUUACACACUGGUCAGGUCAAACAUUUGAACCGUCUUUGUUUUAGUCUUCAAUUUGAUGUGGGAAAUUCAGGACCAUGAGAGGCACAUUGAAGUAAACACAAGUGAUCACUCUACACUGCCAUCUAGUGGUCCUAAGAUUCUAGUCAUCAUGUAAAUAACCACCUGUCAGUGUAUUUAACAUUUUACAAACAACAUGAAAAAGGUGUAACAUUUGUAAAAAGAGUCAAUCAAAUGAGUUUAUUUUAUAAUCAAUUGCCCAAGGAAUAAAGCUAUUUGUUAUAUCAGAUAUUUAUGUUUGUGUUUUAUGUUUUGUAGUGAGGAGGUUUGUUCUCUCAUUUUAGUUUUUGACAAUUUUGAUACACCUUGAAUGUAGUUAACACAAAUGAAAAAGGAAAUUAAAAAUACGAUUCAAAACUGAUACUAAAUGAUUGUUUUUAAUCAUUUCUGCAUGUAAAAGAAUCAAACAUGUCAGACUGAAUCAAAGUGCAUGUAGAUUUAGAUACUCCUGUGUCCUCCUGUGGCCCCUCAUUUUUUUAUCGUCUCCUUAAUGAACCGUUCAAUGAUCUGCUGGAAAGAACUCCCCUGAAAAUAAAAGUGAAAUCUGUGCAGCCUAUCAGCUCGGAGGAAGCAAUAGCCUAAUCGUGUGAAUGAAAAUAACCCAAGUCCUUCACUAAUCCCUGCCUAUCCUUUUUAUCUCAGGAUUCAGACCAGGCGGAGCAGUAUGGAGCUGUGAGCCUGCAAAGCACCACCAUGCAUCCGAUGUCCCGUUAGACCGACCUGUAGAGAUUUUUUAACAGUAGUUUAGCUGCAUAGAGUUUAGGAGCGUGCAGGAGGGAAAAUGAGUCGACAUUUUAUCACUGCUUUUUCUUUGGCUUUCAUUUUUCUUCCUGUGCUGAGCAGUUCAUGCCCUACACAAUGUAGCUGCUUCUUCCAUAAACUGAGCGACGGAUCAAAAGCAAGGUAAAUAUGGUUUUCUUUGAAUGUUUCUACUAUUUUUCUCUCUACAUGUGUUUUAUUUUUCUUGCAUGUCGAGCUGACUUUAACUACAGCUCUCCCACACAGUCACUAUGUAUAGUGGAGGAUUAACUUGGAGUUGCCAUUUAAUCUUCUUUCCUUGUUACUGCACAAUAGCCCUGCUACGUGUUGCCUUAACAAAAGCUAAACUGCAAUAGUCUUUAUUUUAAGAUAAGCUUUUCUUGUUGAUUAAAUCCCUUUCCUCAGAUUCUACAGCUUUCAAAAAACUGUAAUGUUUCUCUUUGAACAUUGAGAUAUGUUUUUUUUUCCUUGCAGGAGUGUUUUGUGCAAUGAUCCAGAAAUCACUGUGGUCCCUCCGAAUUUCCCCGUCGACACGUCAAAGCUGCGUAUUGAAAAGACAGCAAUCACAAGGAUUUCAAGCAACAACUUCCACUACCUCAACAACCUGGAGUUCCUCUGGAUGUCUUUCAAUUCACUGAAUUCAUUAAAUGUGGACAGUUUUCGAGGUCUUUAUAACCUGGAUGAGCUUAGGUUGGAUGGCAACUCCCUCACCUCCUUUCCCUGGGAGUCUCUGACUGAUAUGCCCAACCUGAGGCUCCUCGACCUGCACAACAACAGGAUUUCCACCAUCCCCGCGGAGGCCAUUGUGUACAUAAAGAAUAUCACCUAUCUGGAUUUAUCCAGCAACACUCUGACCACGAUCCCUGGGGAUGUUCUCACAAUGUGGCUGAGUGUGAAGCCAUCCCAGGACACAGAUUCUUCCAAACUAAUUCUUGGUGAGGAUCAAGCCAUGGCAUAUAAGGAAACAGGAACACUUUCAUUCUAAGCUUCCUUGCAUGACGGCCAGUUCUUUUUCUCCAGAGGCAGUCAGGGAUUAGUCUAAUUAUAGUUAUUGUGUGUCAGGUUGUCAGAUUAAUUCUGUUUAUUUUCACUUACUGCCACAAGUUCUUUUAGUCACAGGAGCCGUGGUAAAGGAAAUGCACUAACAUGAUCCAAUAAGGAUGCAUUUGUCACUGACAGCCUUUUCUUUCUCUUGGUUUAACCCUCAGGUCUUCAUGACAACCCAUGGCUGUGCGACUGCCGUCUGUAUGAUCUUGUCCAGUUCCAGAAAUCCCCGUCAUCAUCUGUGGCUCUCAUCGAUACGAGACUUAGGUGCGCAGAUCCAGAGAGCUUGUCAGGGGUUCUUUUCACGGAAGCGGAGCUGCAGAGGUGCCAGGGCCCCAGGGUGCACACGGCUGUGGCUCGUGUUCGAAGCUCACUGGGCAACAACGUUCUGCUGCGCUGUGGCACAGUUGGGGUCCCCAUCCCUGAACUGUCCUGGAGCCGAGCUGAUGGCAAGAAAAUGAAUGGCACAGGUGAGUCCUAAUACCUGAUGUACAUAGGUUGGAACCGCAUCAAUUAGUGCCUGAGUCAAUGAGUGUCAAUGAGAUUCAAUUUAUUCUCUUGGUGCCAAUCUGAUUAACACAGUGGGUGUCUGUUUUUCUUUCUUUCAGUUCAAGAAGAGAUUUCAAAGGAGGGCAUCAUUUGGUCUAUUCUGAGUGUGCCUGCUGUCUCGUACCGUGAUUCUGGGAAAUACGUGUGCAAAGCGACAAACUUUGUGGGAACUGCAGACGCCAUCAUCUCCUUGGUGAUCACAGAUUCGAUUAGAUCAGAGGAAGCGGUUGGCGGCAUUUCAAAGAGACCCAGAGGGAAGAAACCAGGUGGCAUCGGAAGAGCGGCGUACCAAGAGAAACUCGUCGCCAGAUAUGUUCCUCCUCUGACCACCACAGUUGCCCAACCCAUUAUCGAACCAAUCAAUGGUAAAGGGGCAACUGGGAAGUAUGAGAUCGAGAGCUACAGUGUCUCUGAUGAUGCUUCUCCUGGACGAGGCAAGGACUUAGACCCUCAGAAGGCGCUGGAUAUUCAGAGGGAUGCAAUGGGUAACUUAGUGGCGAAUGCCUCAUCUUUGCAGCAGGCUCCUGAGAAAAGGAUUGUGCGUUCGGUUAAAGUGAUUGGAGACACAGAUCAUACUGUGUCCCUCAACUGGCGAGCCCCAACAGCGACAAACACGACCGAAUUCAGUGUCCUAUAUGCUGUUUUUGGCGAGAGGGACAUGCGCCGGAUAAAUGUAGGUGCUGGAAAGAAUCGGAUCACCAUUGACGGCCUUGUACCAAAGACGAAGUACAUUGCUUGUGUUUGCGUCAAAGGCCUGAUCCCAAAAAAGGAGCAGUGUGUAAUCUUCUCAACAGAUGAGGCAGCCAGUGCCAGUGGGACUCAGAAGCUCAUUAAUGUGGUGGUGAUCACGGUGGCUUGUGUGAUCGCUGUUCCCCUGACACUGAUUGUGUGCUGCGGGGCUAUAAAAAAGCGCUGUCAAAAGCUGCUGGGCCGGCAGUCCAAGGACAUUCAAGACUCAUACGUCACAUUUGAAACCCUCGGUCCAGGAGGCAAAGCUAAAGGGAUGGAGGGGGAGUACCUGACCAGGUUGAAUCCUGAUGAAUCCAACAGGUUGCUUUCCGCUAGGUCGAGUGUUGACUCAGAGGCAACAGCCAGGACUGAGGGUCCGCCCAAUGAGUAUUUCUGCUAA